AUGACCAAACACACUGUCGUGGGCGGAUCCGUCGUAGAAGAGCUUCUUCAACACCCUGACCUCUACCAUAUCCGCGCAUUAACCCGGGACCCUUCCAAACCCGCCGCAACAGCACUGACAGCACGCGGCGUUGAAGUCCAGUACGCAGACCUGGAUGACACCCGAGAAGCCCUCGCCGCAGCCUUUACCGGUGCACACGUUAUCUAUGCACUGACCGACUUCUGGCAGAAGCAGUCAUCCUCUGCUGAAAUCGAGCAGGGCAAGACCAUCGCCGAUGCUGCAGCCGCAACUCCAACACUGCAGCACUUCAUAUGGAGCGCAUUGCCAGACCCGGUUGCCUUGUCCGGAGGAGAAUUCCUCAACGUACACCACUGGAAGGGUAAGAGCUUGGUUACUGAGUAUAUUGAGACCCGUAAACCAGAUUUGUGGGAAAGGACCACGACCAUUCUUUUCCCGAAUUACUUUGAGAAUUGUCUGACCAUUCCUGACCGGUAUCUGCCUACCAAGGAUGGUGCAGGAAGAUAUACGCUUAGAUUCCCACACAGCCCCAAGACGGUCAUGCCGAAUGUUGCCAUCGCUGAUACGGGCAAGCUGGUCCACAUAAUCCUCGAAGCUGGUCCAGUCUACCUCACAAAAACAAUCGCGUUCUGGGCCCAAGCCUUGUCGGAGGCCGAGAAACUGGCUGAGCUGGGAAAUCACUACAAUGUCCCGACCCGUUAUGUCCCAGCGAGCGCGAGCGAGUUCCAAGAGAUCCUCAUGACACAGAACCGCAUGUCCGAGGAGAUUGCGUUAGACUUCACCGAGCAACUGAUGAUCUUCGAAAAGUGUGGAAACGUCUACGCAAGAGACGAAUUUGUGCAAGCACGGGAGAUCCCUGGCCUGAGUCUUCAGACUUGGUCCGAAUUUAUUUGCAAGCAUAAGUUGCUGGAUCAGGCGUAA